CUUAAAUUUAUAUAACUGCAAAAUAAAUAAAUGAGUUAGUCUGAUUUGGAUAGACAAAUAGCUUAGCUUAGAAACUGUGAGAACAUAACUGAAGGUUAUGUACAAAGGCACGAGAAAUUCUUGUUGAAGAAAGCAAUGUGCAAAGAGUGGAUGCACCUAUGAC